AUGGAUUUCGAUUUGGAUGCUGUGGUCAAAGCUGUGGCUGUAGGCCUCGUGCUUGCGGCAUUACACCAAGUCUACCACCGCCUCCUGCUACCUCGACCGAUCCGUGAUAUUCCACACAUUGCGGGGUCAGCCCGGAGGCUACUCGGAGACCUUCCUGAGUUGCAGAAGAUAAUGGCAAGUACGCAGGACAUCCAGUCCUGGCUACUGGAACAGACCCGUCGGCUGAAGUCCCCUCUGAUUCAACUGUUUUUGGACCCGCUGGGUAAGCCAGUUGUGGUCCUUAAUGAUCCACGAGAGGCCUUUGACCUACUGCUCUACCGCAGUCGAGACUUCGACCGUACACCCGUGGUACAGGACGUUUUCUCCGGCCUGUCUCCCACUCACCAUAUCACCAUGAGCACUGGCCCCGAGUGGAAGAGACACCGUAAUCUGAUGAAGCAUCUGGUGACCACGCCAUUCCUUCAGGACACUGCUGCGCCUGCGAUCCACGCGUCUGUCGUGCGCCUGGUCGAACUGUGGAGUAUCAAGGGGCGGGUGUCCCGAGCGUCGUCGGCGUGCUUUGCACCUCAAAAGGAUUUUCAACGCAUGGUCCUUGAUACCCUGGUGGAAAUCUCAUUCGAACGGGACUUUCCCAAAGACGGGAUCUCAUCGCAAAUCGAGCUUCUCCAAGACGCCGAAGCCUGUGGCAGGGCGAGAGUGAGCAGUGAGCCGCAGAUCAUCACAUUCCCGGAAUCAGAUCCUCACGAGUUCAUCCGUGCACACGGGGUGCUCAGUGAAGCCAUUGAAAAGACUGGGACAUCGCUCUUCCCACGACAGUCAUGGUGGAUGAUGUCCAAGCUACCCCGACUGGCCCACGCCCUCCGGAUCAAAAGCUGGCUCGAGACUGCGGUCUCCAGCACCGUCAGUGCACCCGCGGACUCGGCAUCAGAGCUUCCCGACCGACCCCGAUCGUCGGUUGAAUUCAUGAUUCGGCACGAGAGAGACCUGGCGGAACAGGAAUCCCGGAAGCCGGAUUACCUGUCUCCGGCGAUGGAAGACGAGCUCUACGGGUCCAUCUUCGGCGCCUCGCAUAGCACCGUGUUCACAUUAGCCUGGCGAGCCAAGCUUCUAUCCGAUCACCCUCGGGUGCAGAGCCAGCUCCGCGAAUGCCUGCGGACGGGCUUCCCCGAAGUCCUAGAGGCAGGACGCCCGCCCAGCGCCCUGGAACUGGCCACCCGAACCAUCCCCUAUCUUCACGCAACCGUCGAGGAGAUGCUGCGGUUUACUCCGACCGCGUUCAUGAUCGACCGCAUCGCCACCCGGGACACUGAGCUUCUGGGCUACGCCAUUCCCAAGGGCACCUGCGUCGGGGCCCUGAGCAGCGGGCCCGGAUUCACGUCACCGGCGUGGCCGAUUCCCGCCGACAAGCGUAGUAGCGCUCCAGAUCACGACCGGCAGUCUCCCAGUCACGAGUGGGCUGGUGAAGAUCUCGAUCGAUUCGUUCCGGAGCGAUGGCUGGUGGCUCCCUCCGGGGCCGACGGCCCAUCGACCUUCGAUCCGAACGCAGGCCCAACCCUGGCCUUCGGGGCCGGACUCCGGGGCUGCUUUGGGCGUCCGUUGGCUCAGCUGCAGCUGCGCAUGACGUUCGCGCUGCUGGUGUGGCAUUUCGAGCUCAGGCCGUGUCCCGCGGCUCUGGCGACGUACGCGGCGGUCGAUGGGCUCUUUCGGCAGCCGAAACACUGCUUCGUUGCUUUGGGGGAGCCUGCGCGGGGGGCUGGUCAGUAG